UAUUUGGUAUAUAAAUAACUAAUUAUUUUGAAAAUAUAAUUGUAUUUCGGAUAUUUCAGGUACCCAAAAUAUUUCGGUUACAGUUAUUUCGGCUAUUAAAUUUACUAUCCAUUCGUUUAUUUUCAAAAUUUCGGUUCGGUACGGUUCGGUUUUUUUUACUUCGGUUUCGGUUCGGUACAUUCGGUUUGGUUUAUUUGCCCAGACCAAUGAUUUCUAUCAAAUUGUAGAAACUGUUUAGCAGCUUGAUGAUACUGAUAGAACCAGAAAAUUGGGCCGAAACUGGAUCCAAUUAUAAUUAGUUCCCUCUAUUCUCGGCCCAACACUCGCCACCGCUUAGGGGGGGUGAUUUGGUAAUAAAUCAACAAGUUUAACUUUUGAAUUAAUAAAGUGUAGGGGUUGAUUUGUUAUUCUCAGUUCAUAGAGGGAUUAAUUUAGUGAUUUUUUUCCUCUAGAGCGAUCUGUUUUCUUCUUCUUCGUCUUCUCUCACCCGCCUACUGGCUUUUUUCAAAUUUCUUCAGCAACACAAACCAGCGGCGGAUCUAGAGCUUUCGAUUGAAGAUGGAAAUGGCGGAAGGGGAAGGAACUACGGAGGAGAACUACGACGUAGACAUCGCGACCACCGCUUCUUCACUAGGUGGCUCCGGCGUCUUCCAUAUCAUCAAUGACAUAGUCGGUUUCGUCCUCUAUAUGCAUCAACAGAUCCCUUCGGUAAUACAAGACAUGAGCCUUGAAUUUGAUGGAUUGCAAACUGAACUUACGGAUUUGGAGGCGAAUCUUACACAACCUCAAGUGAAACCACUGGUUAGAAGAAAACUGGUGAGUAGAAAGAGAGAGGUGAAGAAUGAGAUUAAGAAACUGGAGAAACUGAUGAAAACUAUCUCUAGUCUCCGAAGUGCGCUGCAGUUAAUGAUCCGUGAAGCUCCUGAUAUUCAGAAAGUUGUGUUGAUUCUUGGUGGUAGUCCAUUACGGCCUCAAAAAGCUUAUGAGUUGUUAUUCACACAACACAGUGAUUCUCUUCUGGGCUACGAAGGUGACUUUGCUAAAUCCAAAGCUGCAGAAGCACUUUCAAAAAAGACUAUCCGAGCACUGAUCUCGGCGGGUGCUGGAUCAACUUCCUACCCAGGUCCAAUGAGGCUCUUCAUAUUGGUUCAUGCUCCACCUACUUUGAAUCUUCCCCAACAUUUCCUUCCUAAACGUGACUUCAGAUACAACAGAAAGUUUGUGCCUUCAAAGUUGAGAUUCAAGUGCAGAACGCAAGACAAUGCAACAAAUUCUCCGCCCACAAAUGAUCUAAUAUGGUUUCAAUGCCGACAUGUGAUAAAGGGAUUAGCUUUCCAUCAACCAGUUGAAGAAUAAGACUUGAGAGUUUGUAUGUAUCUCUAUAUUGUUGUAACUAAACCCUGUUCCAGAUUUAGAUAAAACCAGCAUUUUUUGUAUCAAUUCCAAUUUCGAAAAUACAUUGUACUCUUUUACUGGUUUAUUAGCACCUUACUAAACUUGCCAUCCA